GUGACGAUGCAGGAACUGGACGGCCUAAUGGCCAAGCUGGAACAGGACAACCGCAUCCUGGCAGAGCUGGACAAGAAGCGCUCCUGCCUUGGAUCGUCGUGUGGCCUGCUUCCGUCUCGGCUCUGCGGGCCGUCCACGUCGGCGGCGCUAAGCACGUCCCUGAGCAGCACCCUGAGCCUGAGUGGCGGCGGCGGCGUGACCACGUCGUCGUUGGCCCCCGUGGCGGCGUCGCGCAGCAGCUUGGCCCAGCGCAACGCCAGCUUGACGCUGCCGUCGCUGCCACCCAACGGCAUCGUUCACUCGGCGGCCGUCUCCACGGCCAUCCAGCAGCAGCAGCAGCAACUGCAGCAACAGCAGCUUCAGCUACAGCAUCUACUGCAACAGCAGCAGAGCCAGCCGCCCGUCACACCACGGCUUCACAUCGACGCGCAGACGGCACAAGCGCUGGCCGUGGCCUCGAGCCAGCAGCACAACCAGCAGCCGUUGGCCACGACACCGCAGCAGCAGCUCUCGGCCCAUCAGCAGCAGGUCGAGGAAGACCCCCUGGGCGUGGACUCGGUCGAGUUCCUGGACCUUCCGGGCCGGGGCCGCUGCCGCGUCUACGUGGCCCGAUACAGCUACGACCCGCUCAAGCAGUCGCCCAACGAGCACCCCGAGGCUGAACUGUUCCUCUCCGCCGGCGAUUACAUACUCAUCUUCGGAGAGAUGGACGAGGAUGGAUUCUUCAAUGGAGAACUCCUCGAUGGCCGCAAGGGACUGGUGCCUUCCAACUUUGUCGAAAAGCUCACUGGCGAGGACUUGCUUGAGUUCCAGACGUCCAUCCUGUACGGCAACCGCGACUCGGACGACAGCAGCGCUAGCGUCAGCUACGCGCCAGACUUGGACAACCUGGCGGGAUCAGAUGAGCAGCACAGGCUGCCUCCAGAGGACUUCCAUCGAAUGAAUGACUACAUCGAUUUGGAAGAUAUCGAAGAAGUGGACGAAGACGCGCUUUCCGAAACCGAACGAGAAAACGACGGCACCGGCGGCGCAGCGGGCUUUCCGGUGCCCCCUCCGCAGCGCCUGGUGCUGGAGCGUCAGCUGAACAAGAGCGUGCUCAUCGGCUGGCUUCCCCCCGACGUGGUGCUGGGCUCCCUGGAGGCUUACCACGUGUACGUGGACGGCGUGCUCAAGGCCACCGUCAGAUCCGGGCACCGUACCAGGGCGCUCCUCGAAGGAGUCGACGCGGCACAGCCGCACCGGAUCAGCGUGAGGUCAGUCCUGACCUCUGGCCAGCAUUCCAGGGAUGCCGCAUGCACCAUUGUCAUUGGGAAAAACGUUCCGCUGGCACCCAGCUGCGUGAAAGCUUCCAACAUCACCUCGACCACGGCCACCAUCAGCUGGCUGCCGAGCAACUCCAACUUCAGCCACGUGGUGGCCGUCAACAGCGUCGAGAUGAAGUCGCUCAAGCCGGGCACCUUUCGCCACCUGGUGACGGGACUGGCGCCCAACACCUCGUACCGGGUGUCGGUGCGCGCCAAGCCCGGCCGGCUGCUCAUGUCGUCGGCCGCGGCCGCGCUCACGGGUGCCACCUCGUCGGCCGACGAACACGCCAAGGGCGCCGAGCCACGCAAGCUCGCCAGCCUGCUCACCUCGUUCGUCGACUUCCGGACGCUGCCCAAAGGCAUUCCGGACCCGCCGGUGGACGUCCAGGUGGAGGCGGGUCCACAAGAAGGCACCGUGCUAGUCACCUGGCUUCCAGUCACCAUCAACGCGUUGGGCACCUCCAACGGGGCCGCCGUCACCGGAUACGCCGUCUACGCAGCCGGCAAGAAGGUCACCGAGGUCGAUUCACCCACCGGUGACCACGCCCUUCUGGACGUGGCGUCCCUGCUGCCGUUGCACACGCGUGCCAUCACGGUGCGCACGCGGGCAGGCGACUCGCUCUCCGUUGACUCGCUGCCCGUCGUCGUGCCCGACGAGUACGUGCACCCCACCCGGACGUCCAAGUCGGCGGAACGCGUCGAAGAGAACCACUCGGAGUUGUCCGACAUUGUGGAGGAACUCGAGGACGAGAUGAUGGAGAACGGCGAGCUGGGUCACCGCGGAGCUCGCGGUUCGCGAGGCGUUCAGGGACCCGGCGGAAGGAAGCAUCAUCAUCACCAUCACCAUCACCACCAACAGCCCCAGCAGCAGCAACAGAACAUGCAGCAACAACAGCAACCCGUCAUGCAUCACACUCAGCCACAACAUCACCAGAUGCACCAGAUGCACCAAACCGGUGGUCACCCGCAGUACCAGCAGCAGGUUAAUAUGCAUCAACCGGCCCCCCAACAGCCACCUGUGGCGCAACGGCGACAGAUGGCCCAGCAGCCGAUGCACCAGGGGGUCGGUGGCGUCCACCACCAUGGCGUCAGGCGCAGCGAGAAGAGAAACUCGGCCGGCCAGCUCAUCAUCGAGCCGGAGGACGCACUCAGCGACAAAGAGAUCUACCCCUACUACGGCCCUUCGGGCAUGCCUAUGGACAUGGCCAAGGACAGUGAGGGAGGAGGCCUCGGCGUGGUGGACAACUACUCAGAGGAGGAGUUCGCCAAGUACGACAUGGGACCGCGGGGCGGCGCACCCCGUCCAGCGGCCAGGCACCAGGUACCCGGCCGGUAUCAUGGCGGCGGAGGAGGAGGACCUCGGGGAGGAGUCGACCAGCAUGGCGGCGGCAUGGCGUACCAGGAACGACCUAGGCCGACGUCACCGACGCCACCCUCGAGGGCUAUGCGUCCGAUGGUGGAUGACGAGCCGCCUCCGGCCAGGGGCACUUACGGUCGCCAGUCAGGAACUGGGCGUGGCAGCGGCGGCCAGCGGCAACCUAGGGUGCGCUGGUUCGUUGCGCUGUUUGACUACGACCCGCAGACCAUGUCGCCCAAUCCGGACACUGCCGACGAGGAGUUGCCUUUCCAGGAAGGGGACCUCAUCAAGAUCUACGGUGGCAAGGACCAGGAUGGCUUCUACAAAGGAGAGUGCAACGGCCGCAUUGGUUUCGUGCCGUGCAACAUGGUGUCCGAGGUCCACAUGGACAACGAGACGAAUGAACCACCGAGGUCCCGGCCUGCUCAACACAGAGGAAACGAUUCUUGGGGAGGCGUAAUGCGACCGCAGCCCAAGAGAAUGGUAGCCCUGUACGAUUACGACCCGGCUGAACUCAGCCCCAACCCAGAUCCUUUCUCGGAGCUGGCGUUCAGCACCGGUGACGUCAUCUACGUGUACGGUGACAUGGACGAAGACGGCUUCUUCUUCGGCGAGCUGCGCGGCCAGCAGGGAUUGGUCCCUUCCAACUUCCUGACUGAGGCGCCGCCCGACUACGCGACCAAUGACGGCAGCGGCCAGCGAGGACCCUCCAGACACAGUUCCUUGCAGCAACAGCACAAAGACCUUCGGGGCGAGCCCUCCAUGGGAGGCGGUGGACCCCGAGGCGGAGGCGGCGGUGUCCACCAGUCUCAAGGAGUCCACGGAGGUGGCGGAGGCGGCUCCCAAAGGUCGCAUUCGUCGGCCCCUUCGCACCAGGCUCCUGGGUCGCACCAGCAGCAGCACCAGCAACAACACGCCUACCAGCAGUCGCACCAGCAGCGGGGGCUGGGCUCGGGCGGUGGCUCGCUCGAGCCGUCCCACUACGAGCACCGGUCACCGCACGAGCAGCGCGCCGCCUCGUACGCGUCCCGGCCGGUCACGCGCCUGCCUGCAUACCCGGCAGCUGAAGCGGCGCCGAGCUCUCACGCCGCCCAGGAGGUCUUCGAGCCCGGUGGUGGUCAACGGCAAGCAGUCAGCCGGUGCCGGCGACGCCAGUUGCCGAGUCGCCAGUGCCAGCCGCUGGCCCUGCCACAGCCGAGGCCCAAGAAGAAAGGCCGCUUCCGUUUUCUGCACGCGCUCAAAAGACUCUUCGGCGUGAAGGGGAAGCGAGGCUCGGCACCUCCGCCCGUGCCAUGA